GAGUGUCAACAUCAGGGGCUCUGGGCCCAGGGAGCACCACUGUCAGCACCACACCGCAGGUAGCCACCAGCACCACCGGCCGCACCACCACCACCUCGGCCUCGGGCAGGAGGAACAGGAGCACCAGCACACCAUCGCCCAUGGCCGACAUCCCCGAUGAGAUGACCACACACCUGCCACCUGCCUUCUCCCAGCUGCCCCCAGCUGGCACAGAGAGCUGUGACCCCAUGGAAGCCCGUGAGAUCAUGUGGUCUCGGACUCGGCAGGGCCAAGUGGCCAAGCAGCCAUGUCCCAUGGGCUCUAUAGGUGUUGCAACUUUACGGUGUCUUGCACCAGAUGGUGUCUGGGAGCCCCAAGGACCUGAUCUUAGCAACUGCUCUUCGCCCUGGAUCAACCACAUCACUCAGAAGAUGAAGUCAGGGGAGAUGGCUGCCAACAUUGCCCGGGAGCUUGCGGAGCACACAAAAAACCACUUGUACGCUGGUGACAUCGCAUACUCUGUGUCUGCCAUGGUCCAACUGGUGAAUUUGCUUGACGUGCAGCUCCGAAACCUGACUCCAGGAGGGAAGGACAGUGCUGCACGCAGCUUAAAUAAGCUUCAGAAAAGGGAGCGCUCUUGCAGGGCCUAUGUCCAGGCUAUGGUGGAGACGGUGAACAAUCUCCUGCAGCCACAGGCUCUGAAUGCAUGGAGGGACCUGAAUGCCAGUGAACAGCAGCGUGCAGCCACCAAGUUACUCGACACCGUGGAGGACAGUGCCUUUGUGCUGGCUGAUAACCUGCUGAAGACAGACAUUGUCCGGGAAAACACUGACAACAUCCAGCUGGAAGUUGCAAGAUUAAGCACAGAUGGGAGUCUGGAAGAUCUGAAGUUUCCCCAGAACAUGGGCCAUGGGAGUGCCAUUCAGCUGUCAGCAAAUACCUUGAAGCAAAAUGGUCGAAAUGGUGAAAUCAGGGUGGCUUUUGUGCUGUACAACAACCUGGGCACCUAUCUCUCCACGGAGAAUGCCAGCAUGAAGUUGGGAACAGAAGCAAUGUCAACGAAUCACUCUGUCAUUGUCAACUCCCCUGUCAUCACAGCAGCAAUAAACAAAGAGUUCAGCAAUAAGGUUUACCUAGCUGAUCCUGUGGUGUUUACUGUUAAGCACAUCAAGCAGUCAGAAGAAAAUUUCAACCCAAACUGUUCAUUCUGGAGCUAUACAAAGCGUACGAUGACAGGGUAUUGGUCCACCCAGGGCUGUCGCCUGCUGGCAACUAACAAGACCCACACCACGUGCUCCUGCAAUCACCUAACCAACUUUGCAGUCCUGAUGGCACAUGUGGAAGUUAAG